AAAACACAGCUAACAGACGGCAGUAAUGAGCUUCAUGAUUACUACAGUACACCACACUGAGAGUGAUACCAAUUCUUCAGCUAAAUAAGUAUACAUAUAAAACAUACGUCACCCAGCAAAACCAUGGUGGAGUGGACUGAGGAAGAGCGAGCCUUCAUCCAGGAGAUUUUCAGUAAGCUUAAGUAUGAAGUUGUAGGCCCUAAGUCUCUCUGCAGGGCUCUGAUCGUGUACCCCUGGACUCAGCGCUACUUCGCGCAUUUCGGGAACCUGUAUAACGAGGAUGCCAUCAUGGGAAACCCGGAGGUGGCCAGGCACGGGGUAGUGGUGCUACAUGGAUUGGACGCGGCCCUGAAGAACAUGGACAACAUUAAGAGCAACUACGCCGAGCUGAGCGAGCUGCACUCCGAGAAACUGCACGUGGAUCCUGAUAACUUCAAGCUGAUGGCUGACUGUAUUACAGUGGUGAUCGCUACUCAGAUGCGAUCCUCCUUCACCCCCGCCAUGCAGGCCGCCUGGUACAAGUUCCUCUCAGUGGUGGUCUCAGCUCUGAGCAGACAGUACCACUAAAUCUCUCUUACACUCACACACAAUGACUCUGUUACACUGUAAAGAAUUGAUAUGUUGUCUGAAUGUUAAAAACAUGGAUUAUAAUGUUACCUGAGUAUAAUGGGGGACUUAAACUGACUGGACAAUAGAGGAAGAGGUAUAAUAACAAAUAGUCCAAAUCUUUUUUCAGUCUUUAUACAUUGCAACCAACUUAAUGCAACUUGAUCCAUUCAGACUUGUUUAAAGCUGUGUUCACUUGCUUUGUACUGGAAGCAUUUUGUUCUGGAUCCCUCUGUUUUUCUGUUCUCUCGGUUUUUGGCUAACAACAAAACAACAUGUGUGAUGUUCUUUAACAUGCUCUAUAAACUUUUUGUCGACAGUGAUUGUACAGUGAACUCUAGUCCUAAAGAUGUUAAGAGUGUGAGAUUGUGAAACUUAUGAGAACUUUAGACCACUCUCUAAAGAUAGUUUGCAUGCCAAAGAGAGUUCACGAAAAGAAUAACAGAACUGCUAGUUGACAAAAAUGUAUGAUGAGAGCAUAUUUGGUGUUGAUAAUAUUAUGCUCAUCAUGUGUCUAAUGAAACUGUGUAAAUAGCCAAGAUAAAAUGUGUUCAAUAAAUUUGUAAUUAUAAUUUAUUAACCCCUUAAAAUCCCUGGCUUAUUACACACUUAGACUUAUUAUUCAAUAACAACAUGAACUACAAAGCAAACUGGCUGGGUUAUUCUUAGGUUAUAGAAAAGUGUGGUAAAACUUUGGACCUGCUGGUGGGUCCAGGCCAUUUAAAGGGCUAAAUUUAUGUAUUUUAUGAAGGUUGUUAAUGAAUUGUACAAUCCAUUAUCUUAGUUUACCACUAGAGGGAGAUAGAGUCUAUAUGCAGUUUGGGUUGCUCUGGACAAAUUACAUGUUUUGCAAACAUCCUCUACAGUUUAUGUAUAAUGUUUUCUGCAGAUGUGUAGAUGAUGUGUUGACUUAUGUUCAAAUUAAACAACCAUUGAAUUUU